AUGACAAAAUCAAGGAAAAUAAGUGCGGGACGUCGACUAAUGCUUCGCUUUAUUCUGCUCUCCUUGGUCAUCGUAGCUAAUUCAUCCCAGCAUACGACGACGACGACAUCGUCUCGACUAAUCGAAGACUCUAAUUCAGACGGUCCACAUCAGACUGUGGAAGUGAGUGCUACCAAUGUUCCUACUACGCAUCUACCUACAUCACCCACGGACUUCAUGGGAACAGAUGAUCAUGAAGACAAGAUUUCCUUUCAACCAUCACAUCCGACAGAUGAAAGGACCACAUCUAUAGGUUUUGAUCGGGUACGAACCGUCGUGAGCGAUGUCACGAUCGUCGAAUCAUCGACGGAAUUAUCUAUCAGCCAACUGGAUACUACUAUUUGGGUGUUCCGAUUUUCCUGGUCAUGGGUAACCAUCGCACAGUUCACCAUUUCUUUGGUUGGUAUUCUCGGAAACCUCCUGGUCACCGUCGUCAUGGCAGUUCGUAGAUCUACAGCAAUCUCAACAGACUUAUUCAUCGCUGCUCUCGCCAUUUCUGACUUGUUGACGUCGAUCUUGAACAUUCCCAUUCCAAGAGCUCUGCAGGUUCCUGAUAACAUUUCGGGAGUGCUGUAUUGCAGACUCGUCUAUACUGGUUGCCUGACAUGGAUCUGUGUCAUCUCCUCGACCUACAUCCUAGUUGGAGCUUCUUUCGAGCGUCUGGCAGCGGUUGUCUAUCCUCUACGCUUCAAGGACAUCUUCACCAACCGGAGGGUUAAUAUCUUCAUCAUAGUAGCUUGGAUAUUUUCAAUCUUAUCCUGCUCCUACUAUCUUAUUUCUUUAGUAAUGGAUGUCGAUCUCCUUUCCCGGAUUUACUGUACACUCUCGGAUUCCGAUUCCUCUUUACUUCAGGCGAUCAACUUGUUCAAUUUCGCCAUAAGGCUGGUUAUUCCAGUUGCUCUGAUGAUCAUUUCCCAGACAGCGAUGGCCGUGGUACUGCAUCUGCAAUCAAGUCGAAUGAAGCAAGCCAUGUCUAAUAGCUCGAAGCAGUCGUUCCACGUCUCUGCCAGGAACCGUGUCAUCAAGGUUAUGCUGGUUGUGAUCAUCAUCUUUAUUCUGUGCUGGGCUUCUAGUCAGGUUGCGUUUGUUGUCGCCUCCUACAGGGGAACAGCUUUCGCAAGAGCCUACAUAGCAGGCACUGUCCGUCAGAUUCUGAACUUGUUAACCUUCAUCAACUCGUCCAUCAACCCUUUCAUCUACGCAGCCCAUUAUCCUAAAUUUCGCGCUGCCGUUAAAAAUGUCUUUUCUGGUAAAACAGAGAACGUUCCGUUGUUUGGUACGGAUAACCACGGUGGGAUGAGAACUGAAAUGACUGGUGGCAAUCCUUAA